AUGUCCCCCCAGCCGCACUGCGGCCGCAAAAGCGCCCUCCUAACCCUGCUCCUCUUCUUCACCCUCCUCCUACGCCUCACCGCCGCCGCCCCAGACCCAUCCCCCCUCAACACAACCCUCGACAUCUCCGCGCUCUACCAGUCCGCCGACGCCACCUGCGUCGGCUACGAGGGCCAGUGGAACUGCCUCGCCGACAAGUUCCAGCGCUGCACGGCCGGCAACGCUGUCGUGCAGCGCCGACGAGGGCACGCUUGA